AUGGAGGCCCAUCGAUCCAGAAUAUCAAAUCUGCCGUUUUGGGAUGGACGUGGCAGUGGCGGAUCAGAUGGGAUGUAUGAAACGACUUUCCAGAAGCACUUUAAGUGUUUCACCCUGCCGAAAACGGAGACUGCUCCUUCUUUCUCAUCACCAGACUUCACACACAGAGACCUGAAACACAUCAGGGAAGAGCAGACAGAAACUGCAUCCUCCUUUUCCACACAUCAGCCGAUCCCUGUCGUUCAGCCCAAGCAAACCCGCUUCACAACGAACACCACCAACUUCAAAAUGCAUUCAGAUAGCAAGAGUGCAACAUCUCACACCACCAGUUCUGAUUAUAUGCAGCACCUGCUAACAUCUGUGACCAAGCCGUUUCUUCCUAUCACAUCAUUUAGGACCAAUCUACAAAAAAACAAAUAUCCAGAACCCACCUAUAGAUCGUAUUAUACCCCGCAUGAAGUUCUUCCGAUCCUAAAAGUAAAGCCAACGGCAAACACAGGUGUAGCAUCAACACUAAUCGGGGACAAAAGUAGCCGAUUCUUCAGCUCCAGCUAUAAGGAGCAGUUUCCGAACAAAUGGUGUCCUCCACUUCAGCCACUGAUCCAGCAUUCAUCUUUAGUGAUGGGAGACCAAAAAAAGAUAUCCGACAAACAAACGACUUAUUCUUCUUCCUUCAGACAAACAGGCGUCCACAGCCCUGUGAUACUCAAGGAACAUCUCCUUUCCGAGAUAAAAAGACCUCAACCUAUCAACCUCCGAGAGUUUAGUGAUGAUAGAUGGGACACGACCACAUCUGAGGAAUUUCCUGCGCUCAAAUGUGAUCCCAUUCACUUAAUGCACAGGGAUGAAAAUCUGAGCUCUGUGUUUAAUGGUGAAAUGCAGAACCAGAACAAUAUGACAACAAACCAGUCCUUCUUCCCAGAGACUCAGACAAACCACAUGCAUUUUCCAGUGCAUGUCGAUGGAGCAAGCAUCAGGACGUUGAGCAAUGUAGAAUUUGGGAGGCCCAAUCUGUCUGGAAUGUUCUACAGCACGACAUCACAGGAGCAGUUCCCACCAAAAGCAGUGGUCCGUCCCAGACCACACAUCUACCCAUCUGGCCAUGUGCUGUCUGAGCAAGAGCCGGGUCCAGUGCUUACAACUGUGCAACGUGAUUUCGUCCCCAUAAACUCUAGGAGACAGGAACUUAGCCCUGGCCAGCUUCAGCAGGUAAAAGAGAGUCAUAUCAAACCCCAGCUGAACACACGGGACUUCAGGACGACGCACAAUGAAGUUUUUGUGCCCAAACCGUAUUCCAAGGCAUCCCUUGAAAAUCCACCCUUUCAACACAUCAGCCAUAUGUGCUUUUGACUUUUCAAAGAAACAUAAAAAAUCUGCACGA